UUUCCAUCUUCACCCCAUAAAUUAUGUCGACACACAAAUACCAAACUUCCACUUUCUCCUUAAACAAAUUACACCUCCACUUUCUGUUGUGCCUCUGUCUGCUCUUCUAGACACUAGAGUGGAAAUGGCUCUGUAUUUCAGCAGCGCGUGUUUCUCCGGUUUAAGCCUGAGGAAAUCCCAGGCGUCUCCGGUGAGAGCAAUGGCUUCGGAAAGCAGCGUUGCUGUGAGAAUUGGGGAAGAAGAGAAGGUGAAGCUUGGUGGGUCUGAGUUGAAGGUCACGAAGCUUGGGAUUGGGGCUUGGUCUUGGGGUGACACCAGUUACUGGAACAACUUUGAAUGGGAUGAUAGAAAAUUGAAGGCUGCAAAAGGUGCUUUUGAGGCUAGCAUUGAUAGUGGAAUAACAUUCAUUGAUACUGCUGAGGUUUAUGGAUCAAGGUUCUCAUUUGGAGCAAUAAAUUCUGAAACUCUACUAGGGAGAUUCAUUAAGGAAAGAAAAGAGAGGACUCCAGAUGUGGAGGUUGCUGUUGCAACCAAGUUUGCAGCACUGCCAUGGAGGCUUGGCCGGGAAAGCGUCCUUGCAGCCCUCAAAGAUUCCCUGUCCCGCCUUGAACUUUCUUCAGUAGAACUUUAUCAGCUCCACUGGCCAGGGAUAUGGGGAAAUGAAGGUUAUAUUGAUGGUUUAGGAGAUGCUGUGGAACAGGGCCUUGUGAAAGCUGUUGGGGUGUCCAACUACAGUGAAAAGCGUCUUCGAGAUGCAUACGCGCAGCUUAAAAAGAGGGGCAUCCCCCUAGCUUCGAACCAAGUAAAUUAUAGUUUGAUAUACAGGUUGCCGGAGGAGAAUGGGGUAAAGGCUGCCUGUGAUGAACUAGGGAUCACAUUAAUUGCAUAUUCGCCUAUUGCUCAAGGUGCUCUUACCGGAAAGUAUACUCCAGAAAAUCCUCCAACUGGUCCUCGGGGACGGAUUUACACUCCUGAAUUUUUAACCCAAUUGCAGCCGCUGAUAAACCGAAUAAAGGAGAUAGGAGAAAGCUACAGCAGAACUCCAACACAGGUGGUCCUCAACUGGUUGAUCUCCCAGGAGAACGUCGUGCCCAUCCCGGGAGCCAAAAACGCGGAGCAGGCUACAGAAUUUGCUGGUGCGCUCGGCUGGAGAUUGACAAAGGAAGAAGUCGAGGAGCUUCGAUCUUUGGCAUCAGAUAUCAAGCGCGUUGUAGGUUUUCCUGUUGAAAAACUCUAAGUUCCAUCACUCUUAAGGAUUAUUACAUUCUUGGAUUGUAGUUAAACUCAGUUUUACACCAGUAUAUCAUGUUGUGAUAUAAGCAGUUUACAUGCAAUAGCAAUGAUCUCUCAGCUUGCUUCUGGUGAAGGAAAAUAUGUAUCCUGUCAGAGCAGCCUAUUUGACUUCUUGAUUUGAGUCUAUCAGUUAGGACAGCUUAGACUGGUUGAUUUAUUUCUUUAUGGUCAUUUGUCGGUUCGAGUCACCAGGCGAGGUUUACAUCGUUUAUACUUUUGGGUAGUGCCUGUGAGUUUCUCCCGUCUCCAAAAAAAAUAUGUAUCUAAAUAUGUUUUGUAAAGUUUAUUUUUUGUAAAGCUUAUAAAAUUGUCACUGGCAUUGAAAUUUUAGGGAACUUCUAUGUUGUUCCAUGGAA